AUGUCGACCAGAGCUCCAAAGUGGUACGAGUCUGAGGACGUUCCUGUUCCAAAGCAAACCAGAAAGUCUGCUAGACCUCAAAAGUUGAGAGCUUCUCUCGUUCCAGGCACUGUUCUGAUUCUCCUUGCCGGAAGAUUCAGAGGUAAGAGAGUUGUCUACUUGAAGAACCUUGAGGACAACACUCUUCUUGUGUCGGGACCGUUCAAGGUGAACGGUGUUCCACUCAGAAGAGUCAACGCCAGAUACGUCAUUGCCACUUCUACCAAGGUUUCUCUUGAAGACCUUGACUUGAAGAAGUUCACUGUGAGCUACUUUGCCAGAGAGAAGACCAGCUCCAAGAAAUCCGAGGGAGAGUUCUUUGGUGAGGGAACCAAGAAGGAGAUCAAGAGUGAGAGAAUCGAGGACCAGAAGGUUGUCGACAAGGCUUUGAUCUCUGAGAUUAAGAAAACCCCAUACUUGAAACAAUACUUGGCUUCCACCUUUUCCUUGAAGAGCGGUGACAAGCCUCACGCCAUGAAGUUUUAG